UGCUCACUGUUCGUGUGUAUCUUUUUGAUUUUUCUAAUUUUUUGUCGUGGUGUGAAAUGCUGUUCUGAAUUUUUGUUAAUUGUUGGAUUUCAAAUUCAAUUUGUGUUAAUCAUAAGCUAAGUACAUUCAUAUAAGUUAAGUUUAUGUGUUUCUCAGAACAAGUUAAAAUCUGGAAUAUUGUGUUAUUAUACAAAAAAAAACAAUAGUGUUCAGCUGUUUCCUUUCCCUUCACAAAAGAUUUUUCUGCACCCUGUGAAUGUACAUUGUUAUUACUUUUUAUUUACCAUCACGGAAUGUCACCACCCAUCGCGCUCCUGUUAAUGUGUUGAAGGUGGAUGCAGACAAGUAGAGUGGUAUGGGAGUGAGGUGAGGACACGAGUACACAGAAAUCAUGACCGAGGGAGAGAAGCAACAUGGCGCAGGGGGAGCUAACGCCGCGCCGCAACACAGAAAGGGCCACAGGAGGCAAGAGUCCAUGUAUGCCAUGACUGGUCUGUACGCGGAGUCCGGGUGCGGAGAAGCCGGGGUACAGGACACCGCGGGGCCCAGCGCACAUCCCACCAGAGAAACCAUCAAGUGCCACAGCAGAAACCCCUCCGCUGGGAUUAUCGACAGAGAAAAGGAACGGGAGAAAGAAAAGCCCCAUCAAAUAUUCCCAGAAAUAUUAGACAUUCCUCAUGACUCACGCGACUGCGGUAUCCUUUCAUGGAGGCCACUGUUUAUACAGAAAUUCUCUAGCAUAAAAGUGUUCGUGUUUUUCCUUUCGUUCCUCGUAACGCUGCAGCAGGCUUUAAGCUCUGGCUACAUCAACUCUGUGAUCACAACGAUUGAAAAACGCUUCGAAAUACCCUCGAGCCUCUCCGGACUGAUUGCGAGCAGCUAUGAGAUCGGAAACGUCAUCACAGUUAUAUUCGUGUCAUAUUUGGGCAGUCGGAGACACAUCCCUGUAUGGAUUGCCGUCGGUGCUGUCAUUAUGGGCAUCGGCUCGUUAGUGUUUGUCGUGCCGCAUUUUAUUGCGGAGGCCAACAGCGUGCUGCAGACGAACAACAAGACGGACGAUAACAUCUGCCGGUUGCCGCGAGCUCUCGAACAAGACAUGGGGGGACUUAGCAGACUCUCGCAGGGACUCCCGCCAGCCAACUUGAGGCCCGAUAAUUGUAUCAAGAGCACUCCGAGCACAUUUGUUCCUGUGAUGGUGUUCAUAGUGGCUCAAGUGUUGCUCGGCUGCGGAGGGUCUCCCCUACUCACUCUCGGCACCACCUACGUCGACGACCACGUGCGACCCGAGUCCUCCAGCAUGUAUAUCGGUUGCAUGUACAGUAUGGCUGCUUUCGGUCCUGUGCUCGGCUUUUUGCUUGGAGCAUAUCUUCUAUCAUUCCAUAUGGACUCAUUAUCUGGUGGAAUUACUAUAGAUCCUGGCGACCAUCGUUGGGUCGGAAUGUGGUGGGGAGGGUUUCUGCUCGGCGGACUCCUGCUUAUAUUAGUUGCCAUUCCAUUUUUCUCAUUCCCGAAAGUAUUGGUCCGGGAGAAGGAGAAAAUAAGACUCGUUGAGAAAGCGGCCGCUGCAAGUGGCUCGGGUGCUGCAAAAGCACCUCCUAAGUCUGCCUCUAAUAUCAAGGAUACUGGAUACGGGAGAGACAUAAAAGACAUCCCUGUGUCCAUGUGGCGUCUGCUCAAGAACCCGGUGUACGUGGUUACGUGUUUGGGCGCGUGCAUGGAGCUCAUGAUCGUGUCCGGGUUCGUGGUAUUCCUGCCCAAGUAUCUCGAGACUCAGUUCAGUCUUGGCAAGAGUCAGGCCAGCGUAUUCACAGGUUCAAUAGCUAUCCCAGGUGCAUGUAUAGGAAUAUUCAUGGGCGGUUGUCUGCUAAAGCGGUUGGAGUUACGACCAAAAGGCGCCGUGCAAUUCGUCCUAAUAUCAAACAUCAUUUGUCUCUCGUGCUAUGCGCUGCUAUUCUUCCUCGGAUGUGACAACAUCAAAAUGGCCGGCACAACCAUACCGUACACAAAUAAUACGAACCUGGAGCCGUUCAAGGUGAACCUGACGGCGGCGUGCAACUUCAACUGCCUGUGCACGGAGACUGACAUGGAGCCGGUGUGCGGCAACAACGGGCUCACGUACUUCUCGCCGUGCCACGCCGGCUGUGCCGCCUUCUCAUCACGUUCCAACUUCACUAACUGCGCUUGCGUGCACGAGAACGUGCGCGAGGGCCUGGGCCUGGGCGUGGGCGUGGUGUCGGGCGCGUCGGCCGCGGCGCUGCACGCGGGCGCGGCGCCGCGCGAGUACAGCGAGGUGACGGUGGUGCCCGUGGCCACGGCCGGCGCCUGCAACCCGCCCUGCACCACCAUCUUCCCCUUCCUCGUGCUGCUGUUCUUCAUGACCUUCGUCGUCGCCAUCACGCAGAUGCCGCUGCUCAUGAUCGUGCUCAGGUCGGUGAGCGAAGAAGAACGUUCGUUCGCUCUGGGCAUGCAGUUCGUGAUAUUCCGCCUGUUCGGGUACAUACCCGCGCCCAUCGUGUUCGGGAACCUCAUCGACUCCACAUGCAUCCUGUGGAAGCAGUCCUGCGGCGAGAACAGUGGCCGCUGUCUGCUCUACGACAUCGAGCAGUUCCGAUUCAGAUACGUCGGACUGUGCGGCGGCAUUAAAAUAGUAGCGCUCGGGAUAUUCCUUGUGGACUGGUGGCUAGUGCGGAGACGAAAACACCUGGAGACCGCGGCGCCGCUCGACCCGCACAAGGAUAUCGCGGGAUCUAUUAUAAGCCUUGAUAAAUUAUUUGAAGAAUUACCAUCGGCCGACAACGCGAGCGGACUCAGAUCCGGCAUCACGACGGGCCCCAGCUCGAGUGUCACGUCGCCGAUGGACGCGGACACAGUUCAACACAGCCACAACACAAAGCUACAACGUACUGACUCACAGUACUCGCAAGACUCGCAGACGCGACCCGCGGGCAAGAACUCCCGAGUGCUGGUCGCGUCUCGACAUCUGCGAAACGAUUCCAAGACAAUCCAACUGGAGCCCAGGGCGAGACAACAUUCACUAGAUGAACCCGAGCGAACUAAACCAGUACGGAGCGAUUCCAAACAUUCUCGUGAUGCAUUCCCUCGGUCCACAUCGCGAGACUUCACCGGACAUUCCCGAAACAGUUCUCGUGACUUCAAGGUCCACUCUCGAGGUGACUCUCGAGAUCUAAGUCUAGAGCAGCUAAAACAUUUAGCACUAAAGAGCAUGGAGAGUCUCGACCUGACUGUUCUCCCUCUGACCAAAUGUGUGGAUGAAGAAAGCAAGCGUCUCAUAGAGUCUGGUGGGGUUUUGCGGCACCGGAGGACAAGUUCGAGAGACUUGAAACCACCGGAAACAAAACACAAGCGGACAUCAUCACAUCACAUCACAAUGGAGCCCAAUGAGCUAAGUCUACAGAUACAAAAGGGUCGCAGUGUAGACCAUCUAGCAUCAUCUCCUCUGGAUCCUCAAGUGUAAAAUUGACUUUUAAAUAAUGAAGUGGAAUCUCAUUAAGUCCAAGUGUUGUGGUGCACAAUUUAAUGCACUUAAUAUGUUGACUGUCUUGGAUGUUGUGUUAAAAAUUUUAAUUUCUUUUAGUUUGAUUUUUUUUCUAGUUGUGUUGGGCAGUUCAAUAGUAAUUGUAACUGUUUUACAAUCAUACUUUUCUAUAAUAUUUUGUUUUUUUUUUUUUAUAGUGUGUUUACAAUCAGUGGAAAUCCACCUCUGUAAGACACAUGUCAUUGUUUUAAUGAGCACAUUAUAAUUAAUAUCAUGGACAGACAGCAUGUUAAAAUUUAGCUAAAUUAAAAAGACAAAUUAUAGUGAGUGUCAUAGAAAAAUUCAAUGACUGAUAUAAAAGUAGUAAAAAGUUGGAUGAAGACUAAUAAUAAUUAUUAUUAAUUCUUUUAGCUUAGUGCAAUAAAGCAAGUGAUUUAAGACCAUAUCUUACUAGUUAUAAUGAACAAUUUUCAUUGAGAUAUCUAGGUACCUCUUAGAUGUGCAUGUAAUAGAUUGUGAUUUGUGAGUUAAUCUUAUUUUACUUUGGUUUCUGUUUAUAGAAAUCUAGAUUUAGUAAUUGACAUCACAAUUUCUCAAGUACUACUGUUCUUUGAAUAUUUUUUUUUUUUCAUUUUGUAGAAAAAAAUAUAUAAACAAUAGCUAUAUUUACAUAAGAAUUAGAAAAAUGUGAUCAAAUGUUUUGUUUUACAUUAUUGUACUUAAUUUGUUGACUGUUAAGAAGCAAUAAAUAAUUCAAUUUGAUCAAUGUGAUAACAGAUUUAAAUUUAUAUUUUGACAAAAAAAAGUAAUUAUUUUGUCUUUUGUCUAAGAGUUAUCAAUAUAGUCUAAUAUUUACACAAUUACAAUUAUGGCGAAAGUCAAUGCCUUACAUUUAGAACUAAAAUUAUUUUAAGGUCGUUUAGAGAUUUGGUUUUGAUUAUUGCUGAAUGCUGUUACAAAAUUAUUCCUGCACAUGAGCAUAACUUAAAUAAUACAAUUUUAUUAAGAAAACUAGAACACCUAAAUUAUCAGGAAACUAAUAUGUAAUUAUUCCACAAUUUAGUAAUAAAUCUAUUUAAUUUUUGUAGGUACUCCAUUGUUUGUUAGUAUUAAUAAAAAUAGUGAAUCAACUGUAAAUAAACCAAAAUGCCUUCUUUCUGUAAUUUGUAAUAAGAUACAUAGGCAAUAUAAAGAUAUCACUAAUAGAUGCUUAUAUAAGUGAAUCCCUCACCAUACAUUUUUCGAUUUGAUUUACUUAAUAGGAAUUCUGUGGUGAUCACUUUCAAGCUAGGACAUAGGCAAAUAUAAUUUUAUGAAUGUGUGUGAGGGUCCAUAGGAAAUAUAUGAGAAUAUCACAUUCAGACAUUGAAUUUUACAUAUAUAUUUUUUUUAUAAAAUACACUAAUUAUUUCCCAACAGAAAAUUUGGAAUGUGUGCAGAACAGUGUGUAUGUACGUGUGGACACCCUAAUAAUGCAAAUAGUUAAGCAAAAAAACUGUAAAAUAGAUUAAAAUCUAAAUGGGAUUAUGUUAUCUACUAUCACAUUACUUUAUUAAGUUGACUACUUAUCAAGUUAAUUGAUGAUUAUGAACGCAAAUGUUUGCUUCUAUUGAGAUUGAUGUGACACUUAAAAUCAAAAAUGUAUACCAGCUCUAAAUAAAAUCAUGUCAUAUGCUUUCAUAAAAAUGGAUUCAGUUUUAAGACUAAGGUUGUCCAUUAAUUAUGUAAGGUGUUUGAGGGGGGGAAGAGGGGAUCAAACUAAAUCCAAAUCUCACUUAGGGGGGGAAGGGCUUUUGAAAAUUCUCAUAAAUGCUCCCUUAUUCCAAAACUUUGGCUAGGCUGUAAUAAUUAUCUAUAUUUUUUUUGUGAACAAACAACUAUGCAACAAACAAACUUCUUAAUGUGUGAAAAACUUUCCAGAUCUCAAAUAGGUAUAUAUUUAAAUUUAGUGUUUAUCUAUUACAUUUUGCCUACUACAUUUUGAAAUAAUCAAUCUAUGUAUUAUGUUUAUAAUGGGAUAGUUCUUUGGAACUUUUUACUCUUAUCCUCAUAUAUUUAUAAUGAUUGAAUCAAAGUUUCAAAAAAGGCAAUAGAAAAUAAUAUUCAUAAUAGAUUACUAAAACUAGUAAAUCCAUAGUUAAGUAAAAGUGAAGAAGAGGGCAGAUAUAUACCAUGUAAUUAAAAAGGAUUUCAAUUUAUGCAACACCAUAUUCACAAUUUUACAUUUAUUUAGUUAUCUUUUAUAUCUAGAUAGACUAUGACAGCUGUGAAAAAAUUUAGAGCAAUGCACACAUACUAACACAAAGUAUCAUAAAAAUUGAAGAGACCAAGAGAGAUAAAUUAUCUAAGUUAUUUAAGCUUUGGUAUUUUUGUUUGUACCUUUCCAUCUUAACUUGCCAUGUGGAAUAGUAAAUCCUGUGUCAAUUCAUAGGCUCCUAGCCAAUUUCAAUUAAUAUAGUAGUAAAAAUAUUUGAGUAUGAAUUUAUAUUAUAUGGAAAAGACAAAUAAAUUAAGAUUGUAAAUUUAUGUCACACUUGUGUGCGAAAGAGAAAUAGUUUGAUAUUGUGUAUAAAUGUUUAUUUAAGAUGCCUUACAAUAGUUAUAAGACACAUUACUGAUGUAACUGUUGUCACAUCACUCAAAUAUAGUUUGAUUAUUAGUGACAAUUUGUAAAUUAAUUUGUUGCAUUUAGUGAUUAAUAAAAAUUGCAUACAUAUUUUA